UACGAAUCUAAAAACGACAAUUUAGCGGUCCGUUCAAUUUAGAUUAACAUUUCACUCUCAGCGUUAUGGGAGAGCAGACGUUACGUGUUCUGGCCUGUGGAGACGUAGAGGGAAGAAUCGAUGCUUUGUUCAACCGUGUGAAGACUAUUCAGAAGAAGAGCGGACAGUUUGAUUUGCUGCUUUGUGUGGGAGAAUUUUUUGGUUCAUCGGCUGAGGCGUUAAAAGAGUGGGACCAGUACAAGUCAGGAGCUAAGAAAGCGCCCAUUCACACAUAUGUGCUCGGUGCAGCGAGUCACGAAACAGUGACGUUCUUUCCCAGUGCAGAUGGCUGUGAAUUGGCCGACAACAUCAUUUAUUUGGGUCGCAGGGGGAUCUUCACGGGUGCGUCGGGCCUCCAGAUUGCUUACGUGAGCGGCCGUGAGGCUCUGCAGGAGCCGGCCCCGUCCCACUGCUUCUCCCCCAAGGACACAGCCGCUCUGGUGGAGCCCCUGGUCAACACCUCCAAGUUCAAGGGCGUGGACAUCCUACUGACGUCCCAGUGGCCACGCGGGGUUUGGCAGUACGGCAACAACCCGGAAGUGGACCCUCGUUAUUGUGGCGUGACCUCUAUUGCCAUCUUGGCCAAUCAGCUGAAGCCACGCUACCACUUCGCCGGUGUGGAGGGAGUCAACUAUGAGCGCCUGCCUUACAGGAACCAUGUUGUUCUUCAAGAGAGUGCUCAGCACACCAGUCGCUUCAUUGCACUUGCCACAGUUAACAACCCUGCUAAGAAAAAGUAUUUGUAUGCGUUCAACAUAGUGCCCAUGAAGCACAUGAACCCGGCAGAGCUGGUGAAGCAGCCUGAGGAUGUGACAGAGAAUCCCUACAGGAAAGCACUACAGGAAGCCAGAAGAAACGCGCCCACAGAGGAGCCAGCAUCUCAGUUCUUCUUUGACCUGGGGAAGAAAAAGCCUCAGCACCAGCGCCAGCAUCAACACCAUAAUCAGCAGCGUCAUCAAGGCCAAGGUCAUCAAGGUCACCAAGGUCAAGGUCACCAAGGUCAAGGAGGUCAGGACCAAGGCCAGUGGCAGGGCAGGAAGAGGCCCUCGGAUGCAGACCAGUUCCCAGGCGACCAGCAGCAUCCCAAACAGCCGCGCAAGCCCCCUCAGCCUACUGGGCCCUGCUGGUUCUGCCUGGCCAGUCCAGAGGUGGAGAAACACCUGGUUGUCAGCAUUGGCACACAUUGCUACAUGGCGGUGGCUAAGGGCUGCCUGACCCCCGACCACCUGCUGCUGCUGCCCAUCGGUCACUACCAGUCGGUGGUGGAGCUGGCCGGAGAGGUGGUGGAGGAGCUGGAGAAGUACAAGGCCGCCGUGCGCAAAUUCUACAAGAGCAUCGGCAAACGCUGCAUACUCUUUGAGAGGAACUACCGCAGCCAGCACCUCCAGCUACAGGUGGUCCCUGUGCCCAUGGACAAAUGCUCCACAGAGGACCUGAAAGAAGCCUUCAUGGUCCAGGCACAGGAGCAGCAGAUCGAGCUGAUGGAGAUUCCAGAACACACAGAUCUGAAGCAGAUUGCCCCUCCUGGGACGCCGUACUUCUAUGUGGAGCUGGACUCUGGUGAGAAGCUCUUCUACAGGAUCAGGAAAAACUUCCCCCUGCAGUUUGGCCGGGAGGUGUUGGCGAGUGAGGCAGUGUUAAACAUCCCCACGCGGGCCAACUGGAAAGACUGUAAAUACACACGCACAGAAGAGGAAGAGCUGACCAAGGAGCUACGCAGCCAGUUUGAACCCUUCGACUUCACCAUGGAGGACUGACCAAGCCACACACACACACACACACACACACACACACACACACACACACACACACACACACCUACUUGCCGAGAAAGACAUUACGUGAUGGUGCCCAUACUAUGUCCUUCAACUUGGAUUUUGUUUUUUUUUCCCCCGCAAUUUAAGUCUCCUUCAUACACUCUAAAAUGUAAUACAUACGUUUACCUGGAAAAGUCCAUGUAAAAGAUUAACAUGCAAAUACAACACACAAACUGGGUGAAUUUAAUUCGAGAUGAGAUUGUUUUUCUUUUCAGCUCUGCUUUAUCAGAGUACUCUAUUGACAAUGGGAGAUCAGAGGUAUUCAGUCUCUUUGAAAUAUUAUUUUCAAAAAGCCACCCAUAGCUGUGCAUGCCACUUUCAAAGUUGGCUCAUGUAUUAUAAGAGGCAAUUGAGCAGUUAGCAGUUCAGCAAGUUUCCUGAUUUUAAACUACUUGUUCUAAGUAGCUGACAUUCUGCAAGUUUUUUUUAUGUAUGUAUGUAUGCAAUUAUGGGUAUAUGGAUUUUGUACAUUUGAAUUAAAAUAAUUCUUUUGAA